UACGGAUACGGUAGCCUGUGUAGGGUGUACACCACACUGCCUUCCGCCUUUGCUUUGCGGUGCUGUUGGUCGAAUCUCCAAGGGUUAACCUCUGGUUAUCUCUGCUUUCGGCUGUGCCUUCCAAGACGGACGGGAUGGGAGCGACGAAGGGAUCAUCGGUUGGAUCGGUGGAGGAGUUUCUCAAGCAGUGCCAGCAAUCUGGCGACUCCGCCUACGCCGCGCUCCGUUCGAUCCUGGAGCGCCUCGAGGACCCGGGCACCCGAGUUGAGGCGCGGAUCUUUCUUGCGGAGAUCCAGAGACGCUUUGAAUCCAAGGGAGAAGCCGAGCGGUGCCUCCAGGACUACCAUUUUCAGAUUCAGGACUUGCAUCUGGAGCAAAACGAAGGUUCCCAGAAGAGAACAAAACUCACAACAAUAGUAAUUCCCAGUAUCUUUGUGCCCGAGGAUUGGUCCUUCACCUUCUAUGAGGGACUCAACAGGCAUCCAGAUUCCAUUUUCAAUGACAAGACAGUAGCUGAGCUUGGCUGUGGGAAUGGUUGGAUAUCUAUUGCAAUAGCAGAAAAGUGGUCACCCUUGAAGGUCUAUGGGCUUGAUAUUAAUCCAAGAGCAGUGAAGAUUUCUUGGAUAAACCUAUAUUUAAAUGCUUUGGAUGAAAAGGGCCAACCCGUAUAUGAUAGUGAGAAAAAAACUUUACUUGACAGGGUUGAAUUUUACGAAUCUGAUCUGUUGUCUUACUGCAGAGAUAAUCAGAUUGAACUUGAACGAAUUGUUGGAUGCAUACCACAGAUCCUUAAUCCUAAUCCCGAUGCAAUGUCCAAGAUGAUAACAGAAAAUGCUAGUGAAGAAUUCUUGUAUGCACUGAGCAAUUAUUGUGCCCUCCAGGGCUUUGUUGAAGAUCAGUUUGGGUUAGGGUUAAUUGCUCGGGCUGUUGAAGAAGGGAUAUCUGUUAUAAAGCCGCUGGGAAUUAUGAUCUUCAAUAUGGGAGGCCGACCCGGACAAGCUGUAUGUAAACGCUUGUUCGAGCGCCGAGGUCUGCUUGUUGACAAGCUUUGGCAGACUAAAAUCCUUCAGGCUGCUGACACUGAUAUUUCAGCAUUAGUUGAAAUUGAAAAGAAUAGCCCACAUCGAUUUGAGUUCUUCAUGGGCCUUGUAGGCGACCAACCAAUAUGUGCUCGAACAGCAUGGGCAUAUGCAAAAUCUGGUGGUCAAAUUUCUCAUGCAUUAUCAGUAUAUAGUUGUCAACUUCGUCAACCUAAUCAGGUAAAAAGAAUUUUUGAGUUUCUCAAAAAUGGAUUCCAUGAUAUCAGCAGCUCUUUGGAUUUGUCAUUCGAAGAAGACUCCGUUGCAGAUGAGAAAAUCCCAUUCCUGGCUCAUCUUGCUGACGUCUUAAAAGAAAUUUCAUUCUUCCCAUAUGAACCACCUGCUGGAAGCAGAAGAUUUCGUGGUUUUAUUGCUGGGUUUAUGAGAUCAUACCAUCACAUUCCACUCACAGUAGAUAAUGUUGUUGUCUUUCCAUCAAGGUCUGUGGCAAUUGAAAGUGCUUUACGUCUGUUGUCUCCACGCCUCGCCAUCGUUGAUGAACAAUUGUCCCGGCAUUUACCAAGGCAAUGGCUGACAUCUCUUAAUAUUGAGAAGAAAGAAGGUGGCGUGGAGGAAGCAAUAACAGUAAUUGACGCUCCACGACAGUCUGAUUUAAUGAUAGAGCUGAUCAAAAAAUUGAAGCCAGAGGUGGUAGUCACUGGGAUGGCCCAUUUUGAGUCAGUCACAAGUUCUGCAUUCCAGCAUCUUUUAGAUGUCACAAGAGAAAUUAAAUGUCGAUUAUUCUUGGAUAUAUCAGAUCACUUUGAACUAUCUAGCCUCCCCAGUUCCAACGGAGUCUUUAAGUAUCUAGCUGGAAGUACUCUUCCUUCACAUGCAUCUAUUGUAUGUGGCUUACUUAAAAAUCAGGUUUAUUCUGAUUUGGAAGUUGCAUUUGUGAUAACCGAGGAGGAGGCAAUGUUUAAAUCCCUAUGCAAGACUGUGGAGCUUUUACAAGGAAAUACUUCUAUAAUUAGUCAGUACUACUAUGGUUGUCUUUUCCAUGAGCUUCUAGCUUUCCAGCUUGCUGAUCGACAUCCACCUCUACAGAGAAGUGGUGAGAAGACCAAGGUUUCUGUGGUCGAUCACAUUAGCAGUUCUGCAGUUUCCGUACUAGACAAUGCUGAGUUGGCUGCAAAUGAGCUCAAUGAAUCUUCCUUGGUUCAUAUGGAUGUUGAUCAAAGCUUCUUGCCCAUGGCAAAACCAUUCAGGGCGGCCAUCUUUGAGAGUUUUGCAAGGCAGAACAUAACAGAAUCCGAGACUGACAUUACCACAAAUAUUCAACAAUUGGUUAGCAGGAGCUAUGGCUUUCCAUCUGGCAGCGACACUGAAUUCAUAUACGCACAUUCUACAGUGGCACUUUUCAGCAAGUUGGUGCUCUGCUGCGUCCACGAGGGUGGAACCCUCUGCUUUCCAACUGGUUCAAAUGGAAAUUACGUAUCGGCUGCGAAAUUCUUGAAUGCAAAAAUUGUAGAUAUCCCUACCCAUCUGGAAACCCGAUACAAGUUAACAGAGAAAACACUCGGAAGUGCAUUGGAGACUGUCAGUAAACCAUGGGUCUACAUUUCAGGUCCCACUGUCAAUCCUACAGGCCAGAUAUACAGCAAUCAAGAGAUACGUAAGCUAUUAUCUCUGUGCGCCAAGUUCGGAGCGAGGGUGAUCCUAGACACCUCAUUCUCGGGUGCAGAAUUUAACUCCAAGGGACAUGAAGACUGGAACUUGAGAGCUACUCUGGAUGAACUUUCGUCGGCUAAUUCCCCUUUCUGCGUCUCGCUUCUUGGGGGUCCAUUUUCUAAAAUCCUGCCCGGUGGGAUUGGAUUUGCUUACCUUAUUAUUAACAAGUCUUCUCUGGCAGAAACAUUCCAUAGCUUUGCAGGGCUAUGCAAACUGCAUGGAACUACUAAAUACACGGUCAAGAAACUUCUUGAUCUUCAAGACCAGAAAACAGAUCUGCAGAAUUCCAUUUCGGAGCAGACGCAAAUCUUGGGAAAUAGAUACGAACAACUGAAGCAGAGGCUGGAAACGUGCGGUUGGGAGGUGCUUGAAGCUGAAGCUGGCAUAUCCAUUGCAGCAAAGCCGUGUGCGUAUCUGGGGAAGACUAUGAGAAUGAAGGACGAAAAUGGGAAAAGCUGGGAAGUGAAGGUGGACGAGAGAAACAUCAGGGAAGCUAUGAUGCGGAGCACGGGGCUGUGCAUGAACAGCACGGAGUGGACGGGAAUUCCCGGGUACUGCCGCUUCACGACGGCGUUGGCGGACGAUGAUUUCAACAAAGCACUGGAAUGCAUCUCCAAGUUCAAAAGCUGGAUGAUCAACGGUUAGUUUAAUUUGUUUGUUUGUUGAUUUACACUUUAACUGAAUGCUGUUUUACAUGCUGCCUGCCUGCCUGCCUGCUUGCUUGCCUGGACUUGAUAUCAAUUUAUCUUGAUCGAAGACACUGAUUUAUGACUGCAAUUUGUCUAUUUGUGUGUUAACUGUUAAUUACUAGUAUUAUAUGGAGUAGUAACUAAUUAAGGCUCAAGUGUGUGUGUUUAGUCGUAGGGCAUGGAUUAGCUGCUACUGACAUGUAUUAAUACAUAUUUCAAUAUAUUUAUAAUUCAAUA